AUUAGACUCAUUUACAGAGGGUUUAUUGGAAUUAAAAAGCCUUAAAGAAAACACAACAUUUAUGAAAAAUGUUAGUUUGGGAUAGCGGUUGCAACUAACUCUGCGUUACUCAAAGACGUGGUAAUGUCUCCACAGUUUUGGAUUUAUUCUGGACGUCAUUUGAUUUCAUGAAUUCUAUUCUAAGCGUUCGAAAAAAAAUGUAUUUUUCACUGUGGAUUAUACGGGAAAAAUAAUGAUUCAGAUAUUUUUAUUUCAUUCUCUGAAGAUAUCAUUCGCUGCACAUGUGACUUAAGGCACACGUCUUAACUUAUUGAACCUAGGAUUUUAAACUUUUUGAUUCAUGAGAAAUUGGAACUCCAAAGCCUUGGUUUGAUAUUUUAACAGCCUCAAAUAACAACAAACCAAGGCGUGGAGAUACCAGGAUUUUGCUCCUGAGGCAUGUUGUGGUACUUCUCAUGGAGGCCGGACAUCAGAUCUAAACGACGCAAAUGGUCACUGAAUUCCCUGCAUUAAAAAACGAUAACAUCAUCAAAGCUGCCAGGGGAGAAGCUGUUUCUCGUACGCCUGUCUGGAUAAUGCGUCAAGCUGGUCGCUACUUACCUGAAUUUCGUGCAGUUCGAGAAAAGCAUGAUUUCUUUGAAAUCUGUCGUACUCCAGAACUAGCCUGUGAAGUAACACUACAACCCAUUAAACGUUUUGAUCUUGAUGCAGCCAUCAUAUUUUCUGAUAUUUUGGUUAUACCUCAAGCUCUUGGUAUGGAAGUUAAAAUGCAACCUGGCAUCGGACCGAAAUUCGUUGAACCUCUAAAUUCACCAAAAGAUCUAAAUCGACUGAAUUUCCAGGUGGAUGUGGGCAAAGAUUUAAGCUAUGUCUAUGAGUCAAUCUCAUUAACGCGUCAUCGACUGGAGGGAAAAGUCCCUUUAAUCGGUUUUGCCGGAGCUCCAUGGACUCUUAUGUCUUACAUGAUUGAGGGUGGGAGUUCUAGUACUUAUUCCAAAGCGAAACGAUGGUUAUAUUGUGAACCGCAAUCCAGUCAUCAGCUACUUGAUCUCAUUACCCAAACAGUUGUGGAACAUCUAGUUCAACAAGUUCUGGCUGGUGCUCAGUUACUUCAAGUUUUUGAAUCCCAUGCUGGCUUUCUUAGCCCACAUCUGUUUAACAUAUUUAGUCUACCGUAUUUAAAACGGAUUGCAAACGAAGUGCGAAGUCGUCUGUCAAAUGAAUACAAAAUUACUGGUGACUCUCUUCCACCACUAAUUGUAUUCGCCAAAGAUGGUCAUUAUGCUCUGUCGCAGUUAUCUCAGGCUGGCUAUGAUGUUAUCAGUUUAGAUUGGACUAUAUGUCCUGAUUUAGCUCGAAGUAUUAUCCCUUCUGGCAUAACGCUACAAGGUAAUUUGGAUCCCUGUGCAUUAUAUGCUGAUGAGAAUCAGCUUUCCAGUCAAGUAAAACAAAUGAUUGAAAAAUUCGGUGUUAAACGUUAUAUUGCCAAUUUAGGUCAUGGUAUUUAUCCAGAUGUUGAUCCAGAAAAUGUAAAUAAAUUCGUUAAUUUAGUUCACAGACUAUCGGAAACAGCAUUGAAGUAAAACCAAUUUAGUUUCAUUUAGUUUCAAUACCUCUUUUCUUCAUUAUUAUUUAUGGCUUUGUAUUCUACUCUUAUUGCCAGUUGUAGUAGUAUGUUGCAUAUAUUUUCCUCUUUGAUAAGUUGCUGUUUAAGUAUUAAUUCUUCGUAAACUGAAUAGUUUGUAGAUUCUUUUCUUUUUCGCUCAUUUUUGUACCUUACUUAUUUCUUUUGAUCUCUAUGUUUAAAUGUACGAAUUCCAUUUUGUAUAUAGUCAUCUUAGGAAUAGUUGACAAUCAAAGUUAUAUUUUUUGUAACUACCAGUCUUUUAGUUUACACAUGUGAACAUCGUUUAUCUUCCAAUAAUGGAAAUAAGAAUCUUUUGAAAAUUGUCUUUGUUAUUUAUCUUAACUUUUCAAAGUAGAACUGUAUCCA